CGGGCAGUCUCCGUUCUCUGAACAGAUACUUGCCCAUGUCAGUGAGCGCUGCGGCCGAGUCGAUAGCAUCGCGACCUACCCGAUUCCUCUCGAGAUAUGGCGUGGCAUCACGGCCCUGUGAAGAAAAUUAUUACGUAAAAAAGGUACUCAAGAGCAAAACUUAAAUAUAUUUUACAUGGUUAAAAAUGGCCAAUGAGGCGGUUUUGAAAUAUCUGACCGACACAAAUCGACCAUAUUCCUGUGCUGAUGUCACGGUGAAUCUACGAGGUGCGUUCACAAAGUCGGCCAUACAAAAGGCUCUGGAUUAUUUGAGUGAAAAUGGCAAAAUAAAAUGUAAAUUAUAUGGGAAACAGAAAGUGUAUGCCAUCGUACAAACCGAUGUUGUAGUGGAAGGCGAUAAUGACAUCGACGAUUACGACAACCUCGUGAAAACCUUAACACAGAGCAUUGCUGACAAGAGCAAUUCACUAAAAACAGCUGAGGCGAAUUUGAAACAACUGACUGCCGCGCCUACGACCGACUCCGCCAAAGUUCAGAUCCAAGAUAUUAAAAAUAAGCUUCAGAAAUUACAGAAUAAGUUGGAUACACUUAGGUCCUCUAGUGAAAUAGUUAGCACUGAAGAGAAGAAGAUUAUAUUGUCUGAACAUGAUAAGUUUCUUAGAGAAUACAGCCAAAAGAAAGUGCUCAUCAGGUUGGACAACAUUCAAGCCGUCGUUUCCAUAAUCCGGGUGAUUUAGCUGGUCUAUAAUGGUUCUGCAUCAGGUGUUCCAGAGGCUCCUAUUACCUUCGCAACCUCAGCAGGAUUUUUUUUGUAAUAAUGUGAUUAAUAAAAUAAAAAUAGGUAACUACUUACUUUAAGAUAAAAAAUAUUACGAAAUCUUUUAUCGAUACGUGACUAUCACAAAAACCGGUGUACCGAUAACAUCUGUAAGAUCCAAUCGAUUUAAAUCGAUAUGCGAUCCGAUGAUCACGUCACGUGCUCGAUAGCACGUGGAAUCGAUAUAAUUGUGUCAUUAAUCAAUAUGUUGACCAUAUUGUACCUACUAUGCAGAUGUUUUAAUAGCUUAAUGAUUAAAUUGCAUGUAAAUUGCUACUACUUAUUUAAAUAUUACUUGAUACCUAUCAUGUUCUGAAUCAGUAUGUGCUAAUAAGAUCUGGGAGACUAGUUAAUUAAAUUUAGUUUGAAGUUAACUUCAAACUCUGCCCAUAAUUG